ACAUAGUUCUUGAAUGAAGUGCGUAUUAGCCAUAAUGUUGUCUAUUAUAAAUUCUUUUGAAAUAACGGUAGCGUUGUUCAUUUUAUUGAUUUUAUUACUUUAUUAUUUUAGUACAUCAACUUAUGAUUAUUGGAGCAAAAGAAAUGUACCGCAUUUUCGUCCUAUACCGCUGUUUGGACAUAUCUUAGAAAUUGUACUUGGGUUGAAAAAUCCAGUAUUCAUAUUUGAAAAAAUUUAUAGACAUCCAAGUAAAGCAAAAUACGUUGGAAUAUACCAAAUGAGAACGCCAAUUUUGUUGAUACGUGAUCCUGAGCUUAUUCAUAAGAUACUUAUUAAAGACUUUUCACAUUUCACCGAUCACGCAGUACCUAUUGAUCCUGAUGGUCCACUUGCAAAUCAUCUGUUUUUAAUGAAAGGCCAAAAAUGGAAAAUAAUGAGAAACAAAAUCAGUCCUGUUUUUACAUCUCGCAUGUUAAGAAACAUGCACGAACAGAUUAAAGAAUGCAGUAACGAAUUAAUUGAAAAAAUUGAAAAACAUCUUAAAAACGAUGACAUUAUUGAAGUAAAAGAAAUGAUUGGAAAUUAUUCAACAGACGUUAUUGGUACUUGUGCUUUUGGAUUAAAACUGAAUACCAUUACUGAUCCUGAUUCACCUUUUCGGAAAGCUGGCAGAACUAUAUUUGAACCUGAUUUUUGGUCAAUGUUAAGUCAAUUGGUAACAAUGAUAUCGCCAUCAUUAAAAAAAAAACUUAAGCUUAAUGAUGUACAACCAGAGGUAGUGGAAUUUUUCGUAUCUGCUUUUAGUGAUACAAUGAAAUUUAGAGAAGAUAAUAAUAUUUUGAGGGAUGAUCUCGUACAAUGUCUUAUACAAGCCAAUAAAGAUUUAGUUAUAAAUAAAACUGAACCAUCAGUUGAAUUUCAGUACAUGGACAUAAUUGCUAAUGCUUUUCUUAUGUAUCUUGCUGGUUUCGAAACCAUCUCUACCGCAAUGAGUUUUUGUCUUUACGAACUUGCAUUACACAAGUCUAUCCAAGAUCGAGUUCGUGAAGAAAUGACUCAUUUAAUGGCAAAACACGAUGGAAAAAUCAAUAGUGAAUUUUUAUCCGAUUUGCACUAUUUAGAAAGGGUUAUAGCAGAAACUUUAAGAAAAUAUCCACCGGCACCUUCGCUCACUCGAGAAGUGACAAAGGACUAUCAACUACCCGAUGAAGAUCUAAUACUAAAAAAAGGCUCACAAAUACUAAUACCUAUGUACAGUUUGCAUAUGGAUAGUAAGUAUUAUCCUGAACCUUUGAAAUUUGAUCCAGAUAGAUUCUCUGACGAAGAAAAAGCAGGGCGAACUAGUGGUACUUAUCUACCUUUUGGAGAUGGACCUCGUUUUUGUAUUGGAAAACGUUUUGCUGAAAUGGAAAUGAAAAUAGCGCUGACUGAAUUGCUAACAAGAUAUGAGGUAGAAACAUGUGAGAAAACUGAUAUGCCUCUAAAAUUUUUAGCAAGAACACCAGUACUCACAACCAGUAAUGGAAUUAAAUUAAGAUUUAGAAAACUACAUUUUUAUUGGCACAAAAGGAAUGUUCCUCAUUUUCGUCCUGUACCUUUAUUUGGGAAUUUCAUAGAAUUUGCUCUUGGAGUAAAAAUGAUUGUUAAUAUACUUGAAAAAAUUUAUAGACAUCCCAGUGAUAAAAAAUACGUUGGUAUAUAUCAGAUGAUGACACCAGUUUUGCUUAUACGAGAUCCUGAGCUUAUAAAUAAUAUUUUGGUAAAGGAUUUUUCACAUUUUACUGACCGAAGUGCACCUAUUGGCAACGUGAAAAAUAUGUAUGAACAAAUAGGAAAAUGCAGUAGUAAAUUACUUGAUAAAAUUGAAAAUAACUUAAAAAAUGAUGAUGUUAUUGAAGUUCGCAAUAUGAUGGGAAACUACUCAACAGAUGUUAUUGGAACAUGUGCUUUUGGAUUGGAACUCAAUUCAAUUACUGAUGAUGAUUCACCUUUCCGAAAAGCCGGCAAAGAAAUGUUAACUCCAACAUGGUCGACUAUGACCAGUCAAUUAGUACAAUGGAUAUAUCCUCCUUUAAAAAAAAUUUUAAACGUUAAAGAUAUGCCAGAAAAUGCAGGUAAAUUUUUCACAUCUGCGUUCAAUGAUACUCUGAAAUAUAGAAAAGAAAAUAGUAUUUUGAGAAACGAUCUUGUCCAAUGUUUAAUAGAAGCUAACACAGAUCUUGUUUUAAAGAAAACUGAACCCUUAGUUGAAUAUAAAUACUCAGACAUAGUUGCAAAUGCUAUUUUAAUGUUUCUUGCUGGUUUUGAAACUGUUUCCUCCACUAUGAGCUUUUGUUUAUAUGAACUUGCAUUAAACAAACCUAUCCAAGACAAAGUUCGCAAAGAAAUGACUCAAUUAAUGUCUAAGCACAAUGGAGAAAUCAAUAGUGAAUUUUUGUCUGACUUGCAUUAUUUAGAGAUGGUUUUAGCUGAAACACUUAGAAUGUAUCCACCAUUACCUUUUCUCAAUAGAGAAGUGACGAAGGAUUAUCAAAUUGAUGAUGACUUUAUAUUACGGAAAGGCAUGAAAACCAUGAUAUCCAUAUAUAGUUUGCAUAUGGACUCCAAAUUCUAUCCUGAUCCUAAGAUAUUUGAUCCCAAUAGAUUUACUGCUGAAGAAAAAGAUAAAAGACCAAAUGGAACAUAUUUGCCAUUUGGAGAGGGUCCACGUCAUUGUAUUGGUAAGCGUUUUGCUCAAAUGGAAAUGAAAUUGGCAUUGACAAAAUUAUUAAUUAAUUAUGAAGUAGAACCAUGCGAAAAAACUGAUAUACCAUUAGUAUUUUUAGUAAAACCUAUACUGUUUACUCCCAAAAAUGGAAUAUCGUUAAGAUUUAAGAAAAUAAUACAAUAAUAUUUACAAUUCAAUAAAUAUUAUUUAUGUUUAAUCAUAAUGUUUCAAAAUGAAUCUGUAUUUUGAUUUUAAAAAUAACUACAAUAUAGUAAUUUACUAUAUUGAUUUCAAUUUUUAUUCAAUAAUAUGGAUAAAAUUUCAUUAUAUUAUAGGGAAAAUUUUUUUUUAUUAAUU